AAUUCUCCCUCUCCUUCUCUCUCGGUCGAGAUGUUCCCCGGCUUAGUUAAGAUAUAACUCUUCAUUGGAACAGCACACAGACAAAUUGAUAGACCGAUCGAUAGCUGAUAGUUGGAAUGAUUGAUUGGGGAAAUCAGGAUGUCUGUCGUAUCGGUAGGCCUUCUGCUUUAAGGAGGGGGGGGGGGGGCUUUCACCGCCAGCCAUCGUCACGAUUGCGUCAGUGUUGAUGAACUCUGCUGCGUUAGCUGAGAGAGAGAGAGAGAGAGAGAGAGAGAGAGAGAGAGAGAGAGAGAGAGAGAGAGAGAGAGAGAGAGAGAGAGAGAGAGAGAGAGAGAGAGAGAGAGAGAGAGAGAGAGAGGGAGAGCUAGAGAGAGAGAGUGAGAGAGGUGGGAUCGGGGUGGUGUCGGCUAAGGCGUCUUAGAGACAGCAGCAGCGUUGACAACAGCAGCAGCUUCCAUUUCGCCGGAAAACCAAACCAAACUAAACGAACGGAAUAUAGAGCAAGCGAGCGAGCGAGCGAGAGAGAGAGAUACAGCGAGCGGGGGAGAGAGUCAUUCUGGAUAAACGGAUUAUUUUCUGGGGGUACCUUGCCACCGAGACAAGGGCGUUGACAUCGUUCUAGCGGAGAGCGAACGCUCCGUCGCCCGGCCGCAGCAGCAGCAGCAGCUUCAGCACCUUGGACAGAGCUCCACAAUGGCUCCUAUGGACGAGGGUGGGGCUCCCAUCGGUAGCGUGCCGAUGGGCGUCACCGUGGUGAGCGUGUUCGGCCUGGUCUUCACCGCCUCGGCCUUCGCCUGGAUCUGCUGCCAGCGCAAGAACAACACCAAGUCCCAGAAGACACCUCCCUACAAGUUUGUGCACAUGCUCAAAGGGGUGGACAUCUACCCCGAGAGCCUGGGCGGCAAGAAGAAAUUCGCCAACGCCGACGCCGACGCCGCCGAGGCGGGGAAAACCGACGUCAACGGGAACUGCCACGCCCCCUCCCCCCCGCUCCCGGCCGCCUCCCCCAACGGCUCCAGACCCGGCCUCCACCUGGACCUGGAGAACCGGGAUCUGAACGGCAACUUCCCCGACCAGGCCACCUACAACCAGCAGAAGGUCCGCAGCUCCCCGGACCUGGAGCCGCCCCUCGCCCCCGCCUGGGGUACGGCCGGCCCGGGGCGACGGACCGCCGCCGCGACGCGCCCUCCCCCCUCCAGCUCCCUGUCCAGCCUGGCCCCCACCCCGGCGGCGGCCCCGCUGGACAACCGCCCCCCCCAGGGGGAGGUGGAGGCCCCGGCCGGCAUCGGGACGCUGCACUUCUCCCUGGAGUACCAGGCCGAGAGGAAGGCCUUCGUGGUGCACAUCAUGGUACGCCACGGCCUGACCCCGACCGACGAGCAGACGCUGACCUCCGACCCCUACAUCAAGCUGACCCUGCUGCCCGAGAAGAAGCACCGGGUCAAGACCCGCGUGCUCCGCAAGACCCUGGAGCCGGCCUUCGACGAGACCUUCAGCUUCUACGGCGUGGCGGCGGCGCGCGUGCCCGAGCUGGCGCUGCACUUCAACGUGCUGAGCUUCGACCGCUUCUCCCGCGAGCGCGUCAUCGGCGAGACCCUCGUCCCGCUGGCGGGACUGGACCUGUCGGAGGGCCGCGUGCUCAUGAGCCGGGAGAUCGUCAAGAGGAACGUCAAGAAGUGCGGGGGCCGUGGUGAGCUGCUGCUGUCUCUGUGCUACCUCACCAGCAACACUCUGACCGUGGUGGUGCUGAAGGCCCGGCAGCUGCCCAGAACCGAGAACAACAAUGGACCCAUAGACCCCUACGUCAAGGUAAACCUGUACCAGGGGAAGAAGCGGGUGAGCAAGAAGAAAGCGCACGUGAAGAAGUGCACGCCCAACCCCGUGUUCAACGACGUCUUCGUCUUCGACCUGCCGUCGGACGGCGGCCUGCGGGACACCAGCGUGGAGCUGCUGCUGCUGGACUCGGAGCGGGGCGGCGGCGGCGGCGGCGGCGGCGGCGGCGACUCGCACGGCUCCAAGCCCGUCCUGGGACGGCUGGUGCUGGGCACCGACGCGCCCGGCACCCCCGGCCAGCACUGGAGGGAGAUCUGCGAGCACCCGCGCCGGCAGAUCGCCAAAUGGCACGCCAUGCUGGAGGACUAACGCACAGGACGCCCCCCGUCGGUCCUGUUUACCGGGGUUUUCCAUUCGCAGUGGGGGGUGGGGCGGGGUCGGGGGGGAUGGGGGGGGGGGGGGGGGGUGUCUCUCGAAGUAUGGACGGAUCUGGGGGAUUCCGUUUUGGACAUUUGAGGGUCUGGGAGGGAAAGGGAGGAGAGUUGUGCUGGACUUUAUUACUGGAUUUGCAUGGUGUGUGCCAAAUACAUAUAGCCCGUCAGUCCGUCAGUCCGACAGUCAGUCAGUCAGUCAGUGAGCCAAUUAACCAAUCAACAAAUCAACCAAUAAACCAAUCAACCAAUCCAUCUGUCUACGCGAUCAGUAGACCUGAAUUCCGAGCGGAAGCGGGCGAUUGGACGGACAGCGGCUUUAACCAAUCACAGAGACUGCCCGCCCGUGAAAUUCUCCCGGUAACACGCACACACCUCGUCUCCAAGGCAACGGUGGAAUUGUCACGGCAACCGCGCACAGUGCAGAAUUGUCUUGAGUGUUGGCUGGCGUUCUCAUUCUUCUUUGUACUCUGUGUGUCUCUCUCUACUUUCACCCGUCUCUGCUUAUUCCUCCUCUCUCGCAGUGGAACUUUUACUCUUAUAAAUACAUUUAUGUGUCAAGAACGACCGGGCUAAAAGAAAGUGGUCGAUUCAACUUUAUUUUAUAAAGACCGUUUUUUCUUUUUGUAACAUAGGUGAUAAUAUUUUUCUUUUUUUCUUUUUUUGUUUUUCAUUUUGUACUCCUUACUGUAGAUUUCCUAAGUACACGUUCAGAUGUAUUUCUAAGUGUUUGUGAUGAAGAGGGCCAACCACGUCGGAGUGGGCGUCGGCAACGCGGACAGCUUGUGUGUUUUCUAUCUGUUACAGCGUUGCUUGUGUGUGUGUUCGUGUGUGUGUGUGUGUGUGUGUGUGUGUGUGUGUGUGUGUGUGUGUGUGUGUGUGUGUUUGUGUGUGUGGGUGAGAGUAUGUGUGUGGAUUAGUGUGUGCGCUCCUAUCUAUGUGUGUAUAUGCAUGAGCAUAACAUGGUGAGUAGAUAGCAUCCCUGUGUGUGGGUGUGUGUGUGUGUGAGUGUGUGCGUGUGUGUGCGUGUAUGUGUGCGUGCUUGUGUGUCUGCGUGGGUGUGAUUGUGUGGGAGCAAGAUACUGUAGAUUUUGUUGUCCCUUUACUGUGAGCACAAAAAACGGCUAAAAUGUACCUGUAUGUACCUUACUAUAAAACAUGGCAAGUUGAGAAAAAAGAGAUGACUGUGUUUUUUAAUCCUUCCUCCCUAAUGUUUAGGUGUGUGUGUGUGUGUGUGUGUGUGUGUGUGUGUGUGUGUGUGUGUGUGUGUGUGUGUGUGUGUGUGUGUGUAUGUGUGUAUGUGUGUGUGUGUGUGUGUGUGUGUGUGUGUGUGUGUGUGUGUGUGUGUGUGUGUGUGAUGCUCAUGAGUUGGCCCUUGGGAGUUCGAAAGCCAGAGCAUUAAUUGUUAAACAUACACACAUGCAUUAAAAAAACACAGGCAAGUGUAUGCGUGCGUUAAGUUACGUGUGUGUGUGCGCGCGUCCGUGCCUGUCAUUCUGCAGGCCUCAGUUUAAGAAGGUCAUAACUGAAAGUACUUUGUUGUCGGGGCCCAUGAUGUCAUCCUGGGAUGGCAUCAUCGGGUUCCGUUCUGGCUGGCAGGCCGGUGAUGUCAUCCCAGAUGAGGGAGGGGCCUUGGCGAGGUCACGUGACUCCAUCUAAUGGGUGACUCAGCUUCAAUGCUCUUACGGUGAUGGGGAACGGCGGAGAUUCCUGGAACAACAUUGUAUAACCCAAUAUUUUAUGCAUUUUAUAUUUCGAAUGCCCUGUGAGCAGUGACGAUGCAAUGCAAUAGUUAUGGUGAGCGUUUUAAACGUAUUGCACUCGCUUAAACAAAAAUUCAACGAAUGACAAAGGCCUCGAUUCAAUUAAAAUCCAUUCUGCACGGUCAUGGUGAUCGAGAAAGAAAAGCAGAUCCAGCGAGAUGUGACGCGGGAGCGAGAGCAUCACUCCGUCACUCCAUCACUC